CGAGAGCGAGGAGCACCCAACAGAUCCCUUGAAGUCCAAUUCAUCGUUCUGUGGCAUUCAGCAGCCCAUCUGAGGUAGGGCUUUUUCCUUUUACAAUCUAUCUCUGUUAUCCUCCUCUCUCCUUCCCAACCCUGCUUCUCGCUUCAAAAACUCGCUGCUGGUGAGCAUCUUUUCCUGCUCAGUACUCUCUCUCUCUCUCUCGUGAUUUCAUUUCGAACAAGGAUUCGUGUGGGCAUACGUCUUAGCUGCUGCUUCUUGUGUGGUGGUUUUUACCUUACAAGCUUUCAGUCUUCUCUGUGAUCUCAUGGCUUCGACGGCAGAGAAGGAUAUUUUGGCAGAUGAUAGAACAGGUCAGACAGAGAAGAAAAAUUCCAAGGCUGAAGCAUCAUCUGUGGAGUCACAUUCAGAACAAAGGGCUGCCCCUGUUUCGGGUGAUAAAACAGGUCCAGCAGAGAAAAAAAAUUCCAAGUCAGAAGCAUCUGUGGAAUCACACUCUGGACAGAGUGGGGGGCCUGCUUUGGGAGCUGAGAUUCCUGCCAAUCCUUUUGACUUUUCAGCUUUGACUGGCCUACUGAAUGAUCCAAGCAUCAAGGACUUGGCUGAACAGAUUGCAAGAGAUCCUGCAUUUAACCAGAUGGCCGAGCAGCUACAACAAACUUUUCAUGGUGCACCUGCUGAAGAAAGUAUACCUCAGUUUGAUUCACAACAGUACUAUUCUACCAUGCAACAAGUUAUGCAAAAUCCUCAAUUUAUGACCAUGGCUGAGCGCCUUGGUCAGGCCUUAAUGCAGGACCCAUCAAUGUCCAACAUGUUUGAAAAUUUCACUAAUCCAUCAAACAAAGACCAGCUCGAGGAACGAAUGGCACGUAUCAAAGAUGAUCCAUCCUUGAAGCCUAUCUUAGAUGAGAUUGAGACUGGAGGACCAGCUGCAAUGAUGAGGUACUGGAAUGAUAGAGAGGUUCUGCAAAAACUGGGUCAAGCCAUGGGUCUUGCAUCCUCAGGAGAAGUAGCCACUUCUGCUGAAAAUUCAGGGGCAGAUGAAGUGGAUGAGAUAGGAAAUGAGGAUGAGUCAGUUGUUCAUAAUACUGCCAGUGUUGGUGAUGUGGAGGGCUUGAAGAAUGCGCUAGCUUCUGGUGCUGACAAAAAUGACGAAGACUCAGAAGGAAGGACAGCAUUGCACUUUGCAUGUGGAUAUGGUGAGGUAAAGUGUGCUCAGGUCCUCCUUGAGGCAGGAGCAACUGUGGAUGCAUUGGAUAAGAACAAAAACACCGCCCUUCAUUAUGCAGCUGGUUAUGGCCGGAAGGAGUGUGUUGCGCUUCUGCUGGAAAAUGGUGCUGCUGUUACUCUUCAGAACUUGGAUGGCAAGACCCCAAUUGAUGUUGCUAAGCUGAAUAACCAGCAUGAGGUACUGAAGCUGCUUGAGAAGGAUGCUUUCCUGUAAAGUUGGAAUCCAUGAUGGAAUGUGUUCCCAGGUUCUUAAACUAUGUUAAGAGGGAUUCGAGUGUGUAUUAGUUCAAAUGUUUUGGUUGGCAUGAAGGGGCAGUCAUCCCAAUUCGAUGCUUUGUUUAUUUUUUGCUUUAUGAUUGCUAUAUUUGAGGCUUUUUGUAGUUAAUUAUAUAGGCAUUAUAUUCCAUGGGACAUUAUAUUUCGUUUAUAUGUACCUUUUGUUUUUCUA